AUGUCUAUGAGUGAUUUCUUGGUGCAACAUAUUUUGGGCCUUAGGCCAUCAUCAGAAACAGGCUCAGAUGCUGCAAAUGAACGGAAUACAUUGGCUAUAACGAUGCCAAAGAUGCCUGCAGGAUUGCAAGAUCUUCAUUUUACCGCUAAUGGUCUUACAAGCCCAAUGAUCGAUUAUGCGACAACGUUGCAACUAAUGCAACUGCAAAUGUUUUGCCAACCAGGCCUAUUAAAUUCAUUUUUGAAUCAAAUGGCUACAAUUGGAUUAACUAUGAAUAGUAGUUUGAAUAACAAGGUGACAUCACCAAUUGAAUUACCAACGGAUAGUUGUGUAACACCAAUACGUGAACGGAAACGACUUCCAUCACGUUGUUCCGAUGAUUUGCCAUCGAAGCGAUCUAAAGUAGCACGACGGUUAGCAAAUGAUUCAGAAACAAGUUCACCUGUUUCAGGAAUGUUUAUAAAAGUACGUUGUUAA